AUGCGUUCGGAAGAGUUGCUGGAGAUCGUCAAAGGAGGCUAUCACGGCAUUCCAGAAGCUGCAAAUGAUGGGCUUUGCCCGAUGAACGCUGGAAGCGUUCCAGACCCCUGCCUCUAUUUUACGUUUGCGCGCCCAGCGGAGACGGAUUCCAGUACGCGAGAAGUGGAGCUGGAGCUCCCGAAGUGGAAGGAAGGCAAAUUUCUCGCCGGGCACCUGGAGAUACCUGGAGCGCCGGGAUGGGUGGAUGCGGAGAUGGAACAUGAUGGAACUGAACGGAACCGAUUUUGGAAGUUCCACGAUGUGGUGAAGUUUCUGGACACGCACAACAACGCGCACAACGGCCAGCGCAACAUUGACGUUGGGAUCAUUGGGAUGAUUGGCUAUACUGGCAGAUUUGCGAAGCAGCAGAUUCCUCUGGGUCCUUGGAUGAAGAGAAGUGUGCGUCAGCCAUGGGUGCACCCCAACGAGCUGAAAAGCAUGUUCUCCAGCAGCGGCUGGGUCUGCGACGGCCGCGACUUCACGGGCGGCUGCCGCAGCGGCUUGGGAUGCCCAGGGAUGCCCAGGGAUGCCCAGGGCCUGGGGCCGCAGAAGCAACUCGGCCAAAAGGCACAUCGCACUUCGCUCUGGAGCACCCCCGCCCUGGUGGUCCCACCAGAGGAGUCUUGGCAGGUGUUGUUGCAGCACCUCCAACAGCUGGCAGAGGCGAAGAGUUGUUGGGACUCCAACGGAAGCAAUUUCUUGGACACCGGCCGCGCGCCGCCAAGCGGCACGGCCCGGGCGUUGGAGAGGCUGCGGGCGCUCAUUGAGGAUUCUACCCGACGUUACCUCCAUGGAUCUUUGAAGCAACUGGGCGGCAAAGCCAUGGACGCCCUUCAGCGGAUUCACGUCAGUAUCCCUUCAAGUUGGGCGAGGGUCGGCUGCGAUGCCAUCAUGGCCAUGCCACAUGUUCACCCGAAGGUGGCCUUUGCUGGGUCCCUUUACCUCGACUGCGUGCAAGGUGAAGAUGGAUCUUGUGGGGUCUAUCUCCAGGACCCCCGCACCCCUGCUGGCAUGGCCGAAGUGCCUGACACGCUGCGGCAACGCCUGGGCUGGGGCCAACUGCACCGGCUGCAGGUGGCGCCCGGGACUCUGGUGCUGUACCCUGCGUGGCUACAGCAUGGAGCGCUAAUGCCCAGGACAGCCACUGUUGCCAACCGCUCCCGGGCGGUGAUUUCCUUCCUGGUAGCAGUGCAGAUGCAAGAGAAAGGGGACAAGCUGAAGCGCGUGGCACAGGAGCUAUGA